ACGCCGACGACGCGCCCGAGCAGUUGUGCGACGUCUAGCGCCAAGACGCCAACACGAUGACGACGGCGAAAAACAAAAAACCAUCGGAGCCUCGUCGGGCUAAUAAACCCUUGAUGGAGAAACGUCGCAGGGCCAGAAUUAACCAAAGUUUGGCGGCGUUGAAGACGCUCAUUCUCGAUUCCGCCAAAGCCGACAACACCAAGCAUUCUAAAUUGGAAAAGGCCGAUAUUUUGGAGCUUACCGUAAGGCAUUUCCAAAGGCAUAGAAGUUUAGAUGCCAAAGGUGUGAAUCGGUACAAAUGCGGGUACGCCGAUUGCGUCAAAGAAGUGCAGAGAUACCUAGAGACGCCCGACGCUCAAACGAUGACUGUCAUAGAUGCGGGGGUGAGGCAAAGACUACUUAGACAUUUGGAUAACUGCGUGGCCGAAGUGGACGUCGACGUUCGACAAGCUGACGCUUCUAAUACGCCGUCGGAGGAUACGCAAGAUGGUUCUAAUCGUUUAAAAGAAGAAGUAAAUAAUAACGGACCCGGUGUAGUUGCCAGUGAGGAUUCCGCGGAGACUAAAUCUGGAAUGUACGAUGGUAGUUACGUGUUGUUGCUUCCGGAGCAUUACGUGCAGCUCGCUAGUGCUCUUGGUGUUAAUCUUAGGUCGCACGGUGACGACGUUUCGAGUCCCGGUACGAGUAGUUGUGAUAAAAGCGGGGAAAUUAAAAAAAUCGACGGUCCCAUUGACUUUAGCGGUAAAAAUAAUGAUAUCGGUGAUAUGUGGAGACCUUGGUAGAAAGUUUUUGUUUUGGAAACGUCGUUUUGUCGAAAUGAAAUAUUUUGGGGAUUCGAAGUGCUGGUUUUUUACAGUGUAAUUGUAUUUAAAUACGAUUUUACGUACGUUAAAUCAAUUUAUUUGUGAUAAAACAUGAUAUUUAAUAUUUUAUUUUUUAACGAAUUAGUCAAAAUUUUACUUUGAUUUUGGAUGAAAUUUUGAUUCUAAGCUAUUGCGAUGAUUUUACACUGUAAAAAUUAGCGUCAAAUGGUUUGUGGUCCUAGGCAAUUUUUACUGAAAACUUUGCUAAUUUUUUAUGUAUUUUCUUCUUAAUUAAAUGUAAAUAUGUAAAAAAAUAUAUGUAAGACUGGAUAAAUUAUUUUGUUGAUUAUUUCUAAGUUUACUUUUGUGUUAUAUUUAUAUGAGAAUAUACGAAAUUUACAUUUAAA